UCAUUGCUACAGUAGGAAAUCCUACUUUAGAGAGAAAGAUGUUGGAUUAGUUGAGUUGAAUCAGUUUUGCUUUUGAUUAUGGCAUCGAAACCGAAAUCCGGGCCCCAGGACAUGCCCCCCAAGGGGGGUUUCAGCCCCAUUCAGACAGCCAGGGUGAACGUCCGGAGGAUCAUAUCGCCAACAAUUGCCUCUGCUCUGACUGUCGCAUCCAUCAGCUUCGGUUUUCUUGGAUUCACCUGGGCAUAUAGGGAUUUCAGAAGGGAGACGAUCGAGAUGAACAGCGCCAGGAACGUCGUCUGGUGUAUGCUACUGGCCGAGAGGGACAGAGCGUUCCUGAAACAGAUGAGAAUAAAUCGUGAAGAAGAACGUGACCUAAUGAAGGAUUACCCAGGGUGGGUCGUGGGCACCUACUUCGGUGAGCAAAUCUUCGAGGGCACGAACCCAGAGGAGCUCUUCGAGCCCACGUUCCACGAGUACGCGGUUCAUGCAUCGGUGAAUGAUAUCUCCGAGAGAUUCUUCCGCUACCUCGCAACGUAAACUAAUUGAAUCAUUGCAGAUGAUGAAUGUAACUAGUAAUCAAGUAAACUGGAGAUAUUCAUGGAAGUGUAUAGUAAAUCAGAUUCAAUAAAUUAAUAUUAAAAAUUUA